AGUGAAUGCUGCAAAAAGGAAUGAGGCAUGAUGCUUUGAUUUGAGAUAAAGAAAGAGAAACCUGCAUGUUGGUUUUCAUGGCAGAAACCAAUUUCUGUUCAAACUGAAGGACUGGCAGCUGUGUAGCUGGCAGUACGUGUUCACAUUAAUUCAGCAUCAGUGGAGCUUAUAGAAGCCAGUUCUGCGCUUCUGUAUGACUAGAAACGUAAAACCCUAACAACAGGCUAAUAAUACACAUUUUAUUGUGUGUAUAGAAAGUUACACAUUUCAAUGUCAUAUCAAGGCCAGGACAAGAGAAAAAUAACAAUAACAACAACAAUAACACCACCACCACCACCACAAGUACGAAGAGGGUGUAAAGGAAAGAGUUAACAAAUGACAGACUUCGUUUAUUGCUCAUGCUGCCCACUGACUCGUACAGCUAUUUUGGUGCGCUUGAGAAACAUGACGAAAAGAGCUGUGACUACGUUAGAGCCAACAUGACAACAAAACACUAGCUUCCUAAUAUUCUGCUUCAUCCUUUUAAGUCACGUUUUUUUUUUUAAGUCAAGUGGUUAACGAUGUAGCUUGCGUUUUACUGAACAGUACGAACUCUAUUAACAAAAUUGGGCAGUGUAGUUAACCUAGCUAGUGUAACGUUACCCUGCUUCUUGAUUCAGGCAGAAAUGGUAGCUACAAUGGCUAUCACUUUAUAGUAAAACAGGUAAUAUUGUAAAUUACUGUUAUAGGAAGUAACCACCAGGUAACGCAGUUAAAAAAAUCAUCAUUUUAGAGUCACUGCUACAGCUAACGUUAGCUAGGUUAGUUAACGUUACGGUUGCUUAACGUUACUAUUCACAACAGUCCAACUAAAGCAUGCAAACUGCAACUCUUAUUGAAAUAAGAGCUGCAUAUAAUAUUAGAUUCAUGCCGAAUCGGGUCGCAGCUAUAGUUCGUCAAAGUUAGUUUAUUUUCUUUCAGGUAACUUAUUUUGCCAAUAAUAAAUAAGGCAACGCUUAACCGACACGUUUCUGAACGGCGUUUAGCGUAUCCUCUUAUCUAUCUGAAAGACCCUGGGAUACAAGGCUAUAUCACCUUACCUUCACGUUAGCUAGUAAGCUAGGACGGGCAGCCUAUGUGGACAAAGCUAAGAUGACGCAUGAUGAAGAGGACUUUUGCUUACCGUAGAAGACCAACCACGACCGCUGCAGUGCUUCAAGAUAACCAGAAAAUGGCGACAUCAACCCCUCUAUCCAAGGCCAACAGCACCUUCUCUCUGGCUUUGUUCAAAAAGCUGAGUGAUGACGACAAGACCGCAAAUAUCUUCUACUCUCCUUUUAGCAUCUCUUCAGCCCUGGCUAUGGUGAUGCUGGGGGCCAGGGGCAACACAGCCACACAGAUGUCAGAGGUCCUCUGCUUCACUGAGGCAGAGCAACCGAAGGUGGCAGGAACACAGCAGAUGCAAACCCAGUCGCCAGUGCAGUCGCAGAUGCAGUCGCAGAUGCAGACGCGGAAGCAGAUGCGGGCGCAGAUACAGCAGUCCAGCAGACUGCCACAGUAUCUGCUCAAGUGCCUGAAACCGCAGAAUGGUCAAGAUGAUGUCCACACAAGCUUUGCCAAACUGCUGAGCGAGCUCAACAAGGCAGACGCUCUGUAUUCCCUCAGCCUUGCCAACAGGCUGUAUGGGGAGCAGUCCUACCAGUUUGUUGAGGAUUUCUUAGCAGAAACCAGAAAACACUACAACGCUGAGCUGGAGUCUGUGGACUUCAAAACCAACGCAGAGGCGGCCAGGGUCGACAUCAAUAGCUGGGUGGAGAAGCAGACGCAAGGUAAAAUCAAGGACCUGCUGGUCCCGGAUGUGCUGGAUCACAUGACCAGACUGGUGCUGGUCAAUGCCAUCUACUUCAAAGGCAACUGGAGCAAACAGUUCAAGGAGGAUUUGACUGUUGAUGCUCAGUUUAGAAUAAACAAGAAUGACACUAAGCCGGUGAAGAUUAUGAGCCAGAAAAGUGAAUUCUCUCUCAACUCCAUUCCUGAGGCCAACUGCCAGAUCCUAGAGAUGCCCUAUAAAGGGAAGGACCUCAGCAUGCUAAUUUUCCUGCCCAAUGAGAUAGAGGAUGACACCACAGGCUUGGAGAAGCUGGAAAGGGAGCUGACCUAUGAGAAAUUUGUGGAGUGGACUCGUCCAGACAUGAUGGGUCAAACUGAGGUUGAGGUGAAGCUGCCUCGAUUCAAGAUGGAGGAGAAGUAUGACUUGAAAGAUGUCCUGACCAGCAUGGGCAUGGUGGACGCUUUUGAUGUCACAAUGAGUGACUUCUCUGGCAUUUCUCCGGAAAAGGACCUGGUACUGUCAAAGGUCAUCCACAAGGCUGUUGUGGAGGUCAACGAGGAGGGAACUGAGGCUGCUGCUGCCACUGCUGUCAUCAUGACGGAAAGCCUUAUGAUCCCUGCCACCUUCAUUGCAGACCACCCCUUCCUCUUCUUCAUCCGACAUAACCCCACCAAGAGCAUUCUCUUUGCCGGCCGAUACUGCUCCCCUGAGUAAGCACUGCUGUGUGUUCUGUAGACACGGAUGGGUUGUGAGACAAUAAAAGGCCUUUCACCCCUCCUACAUAAGAGCAAGAGCCACAGAUUCAAAGAGACAUCUUUUUAGUUGUUUUUUUGUCUCUUUGGUUGUUUUGUGUCUCUUUAUGGUUGUUUUGUUCAUUUUGUGUCUAUUUGUAGUUGUUUUGCUUCUCAUUUUGGUUGUUUUGCAUCUCAUUUUGGUCAUUGUGUCCAUUUUGUGUCUAUUUGUAGUUUUUACAAUACAAUUCAAGAUGUUCUCCUCUUAAUCCAGAGAAAAUUAAAAUCUGACAUAUGUUUGAUGAACUGAGUAAACCAAAGAGUAUAAUAUAAUAGAAGCACAUAGCCUUUUUCCAAAUCUGUAUGUCAUGUUUAAACACUGAAUUACAAUACGUACUUUAUUAUGACUGUUCAAAACAUAAUUUACCAGCCUAACAUAUAGCAUAUGCAUAUACUGAACAUGAAGUAAAGAAAGAUGAGUUUACAUUAGGGUGUUACUGUUGCCAUUGAAUGCAGACUGUUUCCUUUGCCUUAACAAAUAGAAUAAAGAGUGGGGUAUGAAUCAA